AUGCGCCUGGACGUCAAGAGACAACUCUUUGCUCGUUCGUCUUUCCCAACAAGUGAUAUUACCGAACCAUGGAUCCUCACCACCUUAUACAAUGGCCAUGCCCACAUUUGGUCCUACGAAACCCAAUCCAUCAUCAAAACGUUCGAGCUCACCGAUGUACCUGUGAGGGCGGGCAGGUUCAUUGAGAGAAAGAACUGGAUAGUGUGUGGCAGCGAUGAUUUCCAACUCAGAGUGGUCAACUGGAAUACAAGUGAGAAGGUCAAAUCAUUUGAGGCACACCCAGACUAUAUCCGCGCAAUUGUCGUGCAUCCCGUCCUCAGCGUGGUCCUGACAGCCUCAGAUGACAUGACAAUCCGCAUGUUUGACUGGGAAAAGGACUGGCGGUGUGUGCGCGAGUUUGUAGGACAUCAACACUAUGUCAUGGGACUCGCAAUCAACCCCAAAGAUACCAACGUCUUUGCGUCAGCAUGCUUAGAUCGAACAAUCAAGAUUUGGAGCAUCGACAAUGCCACCGCUAAACAGACCAUUGAGGCACACGAAAAGGGUGUGAAUCAUGUCGACUACUAUCCACACAGCGACAAGCCUUACCUCCUCAGUACCUCGGACGAUAAGACGGUCAAAGUAUGGGACUACACCACCAAAGCCCUCAUUGCAACGCUUGAAGGACACACCAGCAAUGUCAGCUUCGCUUGUUAUCACCCUGAAUUACCCGUCAUCAUAUCUGGUUCCGAAGACGGAACCAUCAAGAUAUGGCAUGCUAAUACGUACCGGUUAGAACAGUCGCUGAGCUAUGGUUUGGAGAGAGCAUGGUGUGUUUCGUACCAGAGAGGAAAACAAGGUGUUGCCAUGGGCUUUGACGAUGGUGCCGUUGUUGUGAAGAUGGGUAGGGAGGAACCAGCUGUUUCCAUGGACGGAACUGGAAAACUCGUCUGGGCACGUCACAACGAGGUAGUGUCUGCUAUCAUCAAGGGAGGAGAUGCAACAGUCAAGGACGGCGCACCUAUUGCCAUUCCAAGCAAAGAAAUGGGCACCACUGAAAUCUAUCCCACCACACUAUCUCACUCACCGAAUGGCCGCUUUGUCAGUGUCUGCGGUGACGGGGAGUUCAUCAUUUACACCGCUUUGGCAUGGAGAAAUCAAGCCUUUGGCUCUGCACUUGAUUUUGCAUGGGCAUCACAUCAGAAUCCAACCGACUACGCAAUCCGAGAAUCUAGCACGAGCGUUAAAAUUUUUAAGAAACUAAAAGAAAGCGGAAGUCUCGAUGUUGGCUUUCAGGCAGAGGGUCUCUGCGGCGGUACUCUUCUUGGCGUCAAGGGACAAGGAGGGAUCGGCAUGUUUGACUGGGAGACUGGCACUCUCGUCCGAAGAAUUGAAGUCGAACCCAGAGAGGUCUACUGGAGCGAGUCCGGCGAACUAGUGGCCCUUGCCUGCUCCGACACCACCUACGUCCUCCGCUUCGACCGUGAAGCCUACCUUGACGGCCUCAAUUCGGGCCAAGCAGACGAAGACGGUGUUGAGGCCGCCUUCUCUGUCGUCACUGAUUUACAAGAACCUGUGAAAUCUGGCGAAUGGGUCGGCGAUGCUUUCAUAUUCACCACUAACACCCGUCUCAGCUACCUUCUAGGCGAACAAGUCGUGAAUAUCGCCCAAUUCGACCAACCGAUGUAUCUAUUGCGAUAUCUGCAACGGGACGAACGCGUCUACCUUUGUGAUAAGGAUGUCAACGUCGUCUCUUACAGACUUUCUACCGCCCUCCUAUCCUACCAAACCCUUGUCUUGCGAGGUGAACUCGAGGCCGCACAGGAACUCCUUCCAGAUAUCCCCCAGGAUCAAAUGAACAAGAUUGCACGCUUCCUUGAAGCCCAAGGCCACAAGGACCUCGCACUGGAAGUCGCCACCGACCCUGAACACCGCUUCGAAUUAGCGUUGGGAUUGAACAAUCUCGCGAUUGCGUUGGAGAUCACGAGGGAAUCAGAUACACAAGCGCGGUGGGCCGCUGUGGCCGACAAAGCUCUCGAAGCAUGGGACGUCAGACUUGCGGAGGAAUGUUUCAGUCAUGCGAAAGACCUCGGUUCUCUUCUUCUCUUAUACACUAGCUCGGGCAACAAGGAGGGGCUUCUCAAACUGGCAGAGCAAGCAGAAGAAUCGGGUGCCAACAAUGUCGCAUUCGCCGCCCUGUGGUCCACAGGUGAUGUGGCAAGUUGCAUUGACCUUCUGAAACGAACAGGAAGGAUCAGCGAGGCGGUCCUGUUCAGCCAGACGUAUAAGCCGAGUUUGACACCCGGGUUAGCGGUGGAGUGGAAAGAGGGGCUCGAGAAGCAAGGGAAAGGCAAGGUUGCGAGGUUGCUGGGCGUCCCGGGCAAGGGCCAGGAUGAAGAGUUGUUUCCCGAAUGGGAAGAAUACGUCAAGUUGGAGGAGGAAAUUGAAAGUAGCAAAGGCGCUACUGCUGCUGCACCACCACCACAGGGCAAAGACCUCCUUGACGUGAACGGCGGUGCCGAAAAUAAGCCUGAUGGCGAGGCACCAGAAACGAAUGGAGCGGUCAAGGCGGAUGGAAACGACGAGGUUGAGCCUGCGGCUUGA